CUCGAGGCUCGAGCCGCACGUGUGUUAUUUAUUUACAUUCAAAAAUAAUUUAAUUUCUAAAUUAAAAAGAGAUGGCCAGUAACUAUGAACUGCUUAGUGAGCAAGGCCUCCGACUGGACGGACGUCGUCCACACGAGUUGCGCCAUAUAAAGUGCAAACUGGGCGUUUUUGAGCAACCCGAUGGCAGUGCCUAUAUGGAACAGGGAAACACCAAGGUCCUGGCCGCCGUUUAUGGACCUCAUCAGGCAAAGGGCAAAAAGACAGAGUCCAAUGACUUAAUUAUCAAUUGCCAGUACAGCCAAGCCACUUUCUCCACAGCGGAACGGAAGAAUCGUCCCCGAGGCGAUCGGAAAUCUCUGGAAUUCAAGAUGUACCUACAGCAGGCACUAAGUGCGGCUAUCAAAUCUGAGCUCUAUCCCCGCUCUCAGAUAGACAUUUAUGUGGAAGUUCUCCAGGCCGAUGGUGCCAAUUACGCGGUGGCUCUAAAUGCAGCUACGUUAGCUCUGAUUGAUGCAGGUAUCUGCCUGAACGAGUUAAUCGUCGCCUGCACUGCCUCAUUAAGCAAGUCAAAUAUCCCACUCACGGAUAUCUCGCACUUCGAGGAGGUGUCCGGCGGCCCAAAGUUGACUGUGGCCGCUUUGCCCACCGCCGAGAAGAUCGCCUUUCUAGAAAUGAGCGAACGGUUUCACAUCGAUCAUUUGGAAACUGUUAUAGAGACAGCAAUGGCCGGAUGUCGCGAGAUCCGUGACAUUCUGGAGGCGGCAGUCAAGGAGCACCUUUUGCACAUGGGUAGUGCUGCUGAUUGGGCGAGAGUUUGUUAAAAUAAACUAUUAGUUGUCAUUCAUAUUUUUACAGAAUAUAUUCUAAUUAGUUAUUAACUUUUAAAUCGCAGGCAUAUAAAUGUAAUAACAAUAAAA